UUCAUUACGUUCGAUAAGUUGAGUGCCGAAACGAGGCCAUCUUACAACCUGAUCUGAGGAGAAAAAUGACCGAUUUUCAGGCCGUAGCCCCGCCAGUUUCUAUCUCCACCGACGGAAAAGCGGCCUUUGCUGACGCAGUACAAAGAGCCAAGCAGAUUGCAGCGAAGAUCGGAGGAGCAUCCGUACCUGCGGGCCAAGCAGGAGAUCCACUCGGCGGUGGACUGAAGAGACCUCUUGAGGACUUCAGCGGAGAGGAACCAGAUAGAAAAAAGAACAUGGCCUUCCAAAGCAUGAACGAUCCCUUAAACAGCAUGUUUUCUAUGAAACCAGUCAUGCCAGGUGUUGGUGGAAACAUAACCGAAGACUACAAGGUUCCAAGCAGUCUUGUUGGUUUAAUCAUCGGUAGAGGUGGUGAAACGAUAACAAAAAUUCAGAGUGAAUCCGGUUGUAAAGUUCAAGUAGCUGCUCAAAACGAUGUGGAUAACCCAGAAGUAAGAACAUGUACAUUAACGGGUUCGACAGACGCAUUACAGAGAGCCAAAGCGGAACUUAACAGCAUCGUGUACAACUCAAAGGAGGCCGUUACAGAACAGCUUUUGAUCAAAGCUAACAAAGUGGGUCUCAUCAUUGGCAAGAAGGGCGAGACGAUCAGAAAAAUGAUGGAAGAGUCUGGUGCAAAGAUGAUGAUGAUCCAAGACAGCACGAUAAACACAGGUCUGGAAAAACCACUGAAAAUCACUGGCGAUCAGAACCAGGUCGAUAAAGCCAAGGAGAUGAUUCAGGAGUUACUGGAUAAACAACAAGAAUACGAUAAUAACUCCGGAGGAAUGCAGAGACCCCAACCGAAUUAUGGGGCUGGUGGAAGUGAGAGCAGAGAGUUCACCGUACCAAGGCUCACAGUAGGCAUCAUCAUCGGUAAGAAGGGUGACAUGAUUCGUAGCAUCCAGGAGGACACCGGUGCCAGGGUACAGUUCAAUGACGAUGACGGCAGUGACGUCAGGGUCUGCAUUGUUACGGGUUCCCUUCCUGCUGUAGAGCGUGCGCGGACCAUCAUCGACAGCAUCGUUAUGGAAGCCGAGCAACGCGAUAUGGAGAGGGGGAUGGGCGGCAUGAGAGGUCGGGGCCGCGGAAGGGGUGGCGGCCCCAAUAACUUCGGAAACCGUGGCGGCGGCUUCAUGGGUGGCAUGAUGAGGGACAACCACUUCCAGGGCGGCCGAGGCGGUGGUGAGAUGAGAGAGAUGCCAGUCGCAUUCAACAAAUGUGGGUUGAUCAUCGGCAGAGGUGGAGCCAAUAUCCAGGCUAUUAAGGGCAAGUCUGGUGCUCGUAUUGAGAUGACACAACGGCUGAACCAGGAGGGCGACAAAAUCUUCACCAUCCAGGGUACACCUGAACAGAUUGAAUCGGCCGAACAGCUUAUCAGGGAAAAGCUCAGCGAGCCAAGCAUGGGCAGAGGUGGUCCUGGCGGCGGUGGCCGAGGAGGGUACAACCAAAAUGGCGGCCAAGGAGGCAACCAAGGUUUCAACGGUGGAGGUGGAUGGGGUAACAACAGCUAUGGGGGUGGCGGCGGUGGUGGUGGUGGUGAUGGCGGUAGUGGUUGGGGACAACAACAGCCACAGCAGCAACAGCCGCAGCAAGGCCAGGACCAGAGCAAGUCUCACGAGGCAGCAUGGCAGGCCUUCUACCAGCAACAGCAGCAGUACUACCCUCAGCCAGGGCAGGGCAUCCAGCCCCAGGCCGCUGUGGCUAGCCAGCCGCAACCGUCUGCUGCCGGCACACAACAGACACCAACACAAUCACAAGCAGGCCAAUCCUCGACGACGGCGGCCGGCCAGCAAGACUUUUCCAGCCAAUGGGCGGAUUACUACAAGCAACAAGCUGCUGUUGGACAAGCCCAGACCGGUCAGGCCCAGCCGGACUACAGCGCAGCCUGGGCAGAGUACUUCAGACAACAACAGAUGAUGUACGCCAAUCAGAACCCGGCCGCAGCUGGCCAAGCCGCUGGCCAGCCAGGACAGCAGCCCAAUCAGUCUGCCGGUUACCCACAGUAGCUUGAUUCCCGGUACCAGCUUCUUUAAGUCUUGAGUAUCAGACUCCGCCAACUGUAUAAAUCUCCCAUCCAAGUGUAUUAUCACAAAAUUUGUCGCCAAUAUUUUGUCAUCUCCAACACCGAUUUGAGCUUUGAUGUCGUUUACAUUGAAAUUACAGACAGUUGUACAAAGACAAGGAAUAUAAACAAACCGCUGAUUUUUUUUGUUCGUAGAGUUCAGUCCAGAUACCAAUAUUAAUCAUGACAAGUUGUGAGGAUGAAGAGUUGUCCGAAGAAAAAAAAUGAGAUUUUCAAUGGAUAUUGAGUUAGGAACAGGACCAUGGGACACUGCGUUUUUGUCUUUUGGGUAGUACUGGAAACGUGCAAAGACUUUAGGGUCGGCUGUGAAAUAAGCACAUGAAAGAAGGUCCUUUUCCAACCAUUCAAUUGUCUGACAAAAUUCAACGUUGGAUAUUUCCUGUUAUAAAACAACAGUCAAUUUUCACCAAUAGUGUAUAAUAUUCCAUUUAUUCUGAAGCUUACAAAUAAAUGAUUAAGCCAAGAUUUGUACAUUUUUUCCUGCCAUCGGUGUCUGGACAAAAGUUAUCACGUUCCAUUUUCUAGAAACAUCUGUUGAAUUUUUUAGUUGGUACAGUUUUUUUUAUAUCCCUUCGGAAAAGAAACAAUUGAAAAUGAAUCUUUUUGUGGUGAAUUUUAUUGUGUUUUUUAAUGUCUAUCAAGAGAGCAAAAGGUCGCAUAGAAUUUAUUCUCUAUAGGGCAGGAGUUAUGUUUAUUAUACAACAGAGAGAACUUUGAUUGGCUUUUGGUCCGACACAUCUUCACCGAUGGCCUACAAGCGAGACUCUGCCCUUUUCUCCGAUGUGUGGAGAUUUUGUAAGUGGUUUUCUUAAGACCAUCUGAGAGAAACGACAACACUGUCUCACGAGUAAUUUUGGUUUAUUCGUUUAGUUACACUUCUGUUUUCCUUUAGCAUUAGGUUUACCCAUGUGGUUUUUUUUUGUAUCUUCAAAAAUAAGAGCAACUUCUGAAGUUGCCUUGAUUUUUUUUUUUUUUUUGUGCUACGGCUGGGGAUUACGAAAACCAGAUUUUGAUAGUUUUAUUGUGUAUAGCAUGUUAAAAUUGUUACAAUAAAAUGCAGCACUCUGUAGAUAUGUUCAGCUUUUAAACUAUCUGGAUUAGUGUUUAUUCGUAUUAAAGAACUUUGUGUCUGAAACAGGAGAGUUCGGAAACUGGGCGAGCAGCAAGAAGAAACGGUAGGACUUGCAAACGAGAAAAUUUUGAUAAAUAUUUCAAUUCAGAACCUUAGAAAUGUACAUGUAUACUAAUUCUUUGUGCUUAUCAAAGAUAAUGUAAGACUAUAUUGCAUCACAUUGGCUUUGUUUAUUCCAUGUUAACUUGAAAUGUCAUGAACAGGUUGCAUUUGUUUAGCUUUCACAGAUUUCUUGUAAUGUUUUUUUUUUUUUUUUUUUUUUUAAUGACUUACUAAAACUUCAGAACUCGUCAAAAUUUUCAUGUGGAAUUCUCAUGGAUGACUUUGAUUCUCUAUUUUGAUAUGUCUUUGUUUAUUAUGAGCAUUGCUUUUUUUUGCGCAUAUGUUCUUCCAGUUAUGAACAUUCAAGGUGGGAUGGCUUUAAUAUUCAAAAUGGCGGCUCUUCUGUCGGCAAACCGUAAGUAAACGACUGCCACUUCAAUCACUAAUUUGCAUAUUACUUGUGAUGCGUAUUACCAUGUGACGAUCAUUGCUUUCAAUUUUUUUGAUAUUUUAUUGACCAUAUGUGAUGCUUUAUAUGUUGUAAAUGGACAAAUUAAAUAUAAAUAUGACCAAUGUAAAAUAGUUGUUUUUAGGAAGACUGGGUUAAGCUUUUCUGGCUAUAAACGUGUACCUUUUAAAGUGAUCUGAUUUUUCUGUCGAACGCUUACUGAAGAUGUGAAUUUCACACUGUUUUUAUGUAUUAAGGGACUCGGGUAGGAUAAGUUGUUUUCUGACAGGUCAACUUAGGUCAUGCAAGGUCAUAACGAGGUCAAAGGUGAUCUGCCAGAAGCAUUUGGGGUCGCACUGGUUCUACCACCCGAGAACAACUGACUGGCCACGCGUAAAAGGGUAAGCUGUGUCACAUAAAAGCUAGUAGAAAAUUUGCUACGUUGAAGAAUUUAUUGCGGUGUUUAUUAUUUCACUUAUUGAUCAAUUCUAGCGAUUUGAUAACAUUUUCCGUAAGGGGUAAUAAAUAUUGAUUACAUUAUUCUUUCUGUACAUUUAAAUCUGUAUUAUGAAGUGUAUUGUAAACCAACUGCAUUGUCUUAUUAUAGGGGUUUUGUUUACUGAAACAAUUGUAUUUUACUUUUCAUUGCUUGGAUUAUUAAAUGUAAUUUUAACCAUUGUUUUGUGCUGAAUUUGUUGGCUCUGGUUUUGAAUUUGUUUUUGCCUUUAAAAUAUUUUCUUCCAUUGAAAUUAAAAUUAAAAGGCCGCAUUUAGACAAUAGUUCGGUAAGUAUUCUCUAAAUAAUAAAGUUGUGUGAAUUUUAGUGAUCAUUUGUCAAUCUAAACAAUAUUUUGAAUUGUUGAAAGGAACUUUAAAUUUCAUUGCAAUUUCUAGCUCUUUCAUAUUUGUUUUUCUUUUUUGCAUUUUGAAACAACAAUUUGUUGACCUCUAGCAAAGUGUUUGAGAAGAAUUCGAGUUCCAUUUUUAAAUCUCCAUGUUCUUUCUCCAAACUAUGUUGUUUCUUGCAAUUGAUUGGCAACAAAAUUAACUAAUGUCGGAUGUAAUACCAUAGCUGUAAACUUACAUUUUGCCCUAUGUAGUGUUUAGUUAUUUUUAUUGUGAGAUCCGAAAUUAUCUUCCAACAAAUGAUCAUGUACAGCAUUGCCCCUUAUACUGUUUGGUUAAGUCCAAUAUUUCUUGAAAAGGAUUCCCAUUAAAACAAAUGACAAGGAUCAGAA